CAACAAUUUUAAUGGCUGCACUUCCCCACACAAGAGACGAAGCAAAGCCUCUGGCGGAUGCCUGGGACUUCAAGGGCCGCCCCUCCCUCCGCUCCUCCUCCGGCGGCUGGAUCAGCGCCGCCAUGAUUUUAGGAGUUGAGGCUUGUGAAAGGCUGACGACUUUGGGCAUUGGCAUUAAUCUGGUGACAUAUCUGACGGACACUAUGCAUUUGGGGAAUGCCGGCGCCGCUAACGUUGUUACUAACUUUCUUGGAGCCUCGUUCAUGCUCACCCUCCUCGGUGGUUUCGUUGCUGACACUUUUCUUGGAAGGUAUUUAACAAUCGGAAUCUUUACAACUGUCCAGGCAGCAGGUGUGACGAUUUUGACUAUCUCAACAAUAAUCCCAAGCCUGCAGCCGCCGAAAUGUUCGCCGGAAAGUGGUUCAUGUGUGCCGGCGAGCGGCGGGCAGCUAGGGGUCCUGUACUUGGCCCUGUACCUGACGGCGCUGGGCACCGGCGGCCUGAAGUCCAGCGUGUCCGGCCUGGGGACCGACCAGUUUGAUGAUUCCGACAAGAGGGAACGGGGGCAGAUGGUGAAGUUCUUCAGCUGGUUCAUCUUCUUCAUCAACGUGGGGUCGCUGUUGGCCGUCACCGUGCUGGUGUAUAUUCAGGACAACCUCGGACGCCGGUGGGGAUAUGGGUUGUGUGCCUGCGCCAUCGUCGGCGCUCUUGUGUUGUUCUUGUCGGGGACGAGGCGGUACCGGUUCAAGAAGCUCGUGGGGAGCCCGUUGACGCAGAUUGCCGCCGUGUACGUGGCGGCGUGGCGGAAGCGCCGCUUGGAGUUGCCGUCCGACCCUGAACUUCUCUACAACGUCGAUGAUGUCGUCGCCGCCGCCGGUGAUCAAGAACACAAGAAAAUCAAGAUGCCUCACAGCAAAGAGUUCCGAUUCCUUGACAGGGCAGCAAUCAAGGAGGGAGUUAGUGAGGUGAAUAAAUGGAGCAUAUCAACUUUAACCGACGUUGAAGAGGUUAAACAGUUGAUUAGAAUGUUACCAACGUGGGCAACGACCAUAAUGUUUUGGACCGUCCAUGCGCAGUUGAUGACAUUUUCCGUGUCACAAGCCGCCACCAUGGACCGCCACAUGAGCAAAUCGUUCGAGGUUCCGGCGGCGUCGAUGGCCGUGUUCUACGUCGGGGGAAUCCUGGUCACCAUUAUGAUGUACGACCGGAUCAUGGUGCCGAUUUUCCGGCGAGUGCUGAACAACCCGCAGGGGCUGAGUCCCUUGCAGCGCAUAGCCGUCGGGCUAGCGCUGUCGGUGGUGGGGAUGAUGGCGGCGGCGUUGGUGGAAAUCAAGCGGCUGAAAGUGGCGCGGUCGCACGGGCUGACGGCGGACCCGGCGGCGACGGUUCCGAUGAGCGUUUUCUGGUUGGCGGCGCAGUACUUGAUCGUGGGGUCCGGGGAGGCGCUGACGUAUGUGGGGCAGCUUGAUUUUUUCCUGAGAGAAUGCCCUAAGGGGAUGAAGACGAUGAGUACUGGGCUGUUCUUGAGCACGGUGGCGUUAGGGCUUUUCUUUAGCUCGGUUUUGGUUACGAUUGUGGGGAAGGUGACGGGGGAGAAGAAGCCAUGGUUGGCGGAUCAUCUUAACCAGGGAAAGCUGUAUGACUUUUAUUGGCUGUUGGCGGUUAUGAGCGCUUUGAACUUGAUGGCUUUCCUCUUUUGUUCAAGAGGCUAUGUUUACAAGGAGAAGAGGUUGGCUGAAAUGGGGAUAGAGUUGGAGGAAGAGACACAUAUACCAGGCGGUCACUGAUCAAUCUGAUCCGUUUAUCGAAUCCCGAAACGUCCAUCCCUAGUCAGUUCGCUCACCAAAAUAAUAAAGUGACUUGUAUAAAGUUAUCGUGAUCGAUCGAGUUGGUUUGCUUUUGUAUGUGCACCAAAUCUAACCAAACAUUUGUCAAUGAAUAAUAACCAUAAUGGCCUAAUGGGCAAUUGGGCACAGGUGAAAGGGCAAACCUUAAAGUAAAGGAUUUUGUUUUUGUUUUAUUUUUGUAAGAUUGUGUUGUAAAAAGGUACAAACUCAAAGAGGAAUAACAAAUGUUGUGUUUGUCUGGAA